CGUUGACCAACCACCACUCCUCCUCAUCCCCCUCCCCCUCCACGACCAACAUGGCGACGGUGAUCCUCGGUGCGCAGUGGGGUGACGAAGGCAAAGGAAAAAUCGUCGACGUGAUUGCACAGAAUGGCAUACAGCUGUGCUGCAGAGCCCAGGGCGGCCACAAUGCCGGACACACCAUUGUGAAGGGGGGCAAGAAGUUUGACGUGCACAUUCUGCCUUCGGGAGUCUUGACCGACGGCUGUGUCAACCUCGUGGGCACGGGCUGCGUGGUCUACGUGCCAAACUUUUUCAAGGAAAUCGAGCAGCUUGAAAAGGAGGGAAUAGACACCAAGGACCGCAUCCUCGUUAGCGACCGAUGCCAUGUAGACCUCGACCUCCACACCCGAGUCGACGGCUUGGAAGAGGUUGAGCUCGGCAAGGCAAACAUUGGCACGACCGGUAAGGGCAUUGGCCCAACCUACUCCACCAAGGCUACUCGCAGUGGCAUUCACAUGGCCGAGGUCUUUAACAAGGAGACUUUCGAUUUCAAAGUCAGACAUCUCUACAAUGGAUACAAGAAGCGAUAUGGCGAUCUGCUGCAGUAUGACCCAGAGGAAGAGAUCACAAGAUUUGACAAAUACCGCGAGCAGCUCAAGCCUUACGUGGUGGAUCAGGUGCCGUUGAUCGAGUCUGCUGUCAAGGGCAAUGUCAAGAUGCUCGUGGAGGGCAGCCAAGCCGCAAUGCUGGAUAUCGACAACGGCACCUACCCAUUCGUCACGUCGUCCAACACCGGCCUCGGCGGUGUGAUGACUGGACUACAUCUGAGUCCUCGCAAGAUUGACGAAGUCAUUGGUGUUGUCAAAGCAUACACUACCCGCGUGGGGUCAGGACCGUUCCCAACGGAGCUUCAGAACGAGAUUGGCGACAAGCUCGUGGACAUUGGCAAGGAGUAUGGUGUCACUACUGGCAGACGCCGACGCUGCGGUUGGUUGGACCUGGUGGUCGUCAAGUUCUCUCAUGCCAUCAAUUGGUACGACGCGAUCAACCUGACCAAGCUGGAUAUUCUAGACGACUUUGACGAGAUCAAGGUGGCUACGGAAUACCAUCACAGCGGCGUCAAGCUCAACUCUUUCCCGGCGGACCUGACCAUUCUCGAGAACAUCGAAAUCACAUAUGUGACCUUCCCGGGAUGGAAGAGCAACACGGUUGGUAUCAAGGAUUGGAACAAGCUUCCCGAGAACGCCCGCAAGUAUGUGGAGUUUAUCGAGGAGUUUUCAGGCAUCCGCGUCAAGUACAUUGGCACCGGACCUGGUAACGAGAACAUGAUUGUGCGGUAGUAGUGUGUGUGUGAGUGGGUCUGUGGGUGCUACGGCACUGUCACAUGAUUGACACCAAAUGAGAUACAGAACACGACAACUCACGUUGGAACACGACGAAAGCCUUGGGAGAGGCGAGAAUAUAGCUAUUCGACACUCCACGAAAAUUCACUUUUUCAACUGCAAUACUCCUCGUCCGUCUCUCUAUUCGUGCUCGAGUGCUGAAAAGAUCAUGGCCUCAAGUGAAGAACAAGCCGGACAUCGCUCACUUUUUCCAUGUCAGUGUGUGUGUGCCGAGAGCUGAUCAGCCUCAUCUACUGACGAAUGAUGCGGAAUUCGCGCCUCUUCUCUGCUUUCAACAUGUUCCCCCAUCCAGAGCAUGGCGCAUGAUGUGUCACAAGAGCUGUAGGUAUGGUUUGGGAGGUAAAGGUACCUUCAAUUAGGUAUCCCCUCUACUCCUCCUUAGCACCUCCACGGCCAGCCUUCUCCGCAGCCUCAAUGCUCUUCUUAUCCGUCUUGAUCUCACCAGCACCCUGGUUCAAAGCACCCAUCAUGCCCGCAGCCGCCUUCCAUGGCCUCUUCAGAUCGCCCGAAGCGGGCUGACCCAACAGAUGUACCUUGACCAGGUUUCCCUCGAAUGCGCCCUUCAGUGGGAUGAUGGAUUGAAUCAGAAGAGGGUUGGUGUACUUGAAGUACAAGUGCAUCACGGCCAUCAUGCCCAGACCCAUGAGCUGCGACUUGAACAGUCCCUUGAGUUGUUGCUGGUCGUAGGCGUGGACGGUCGUCGUCACGGCUUUGGGCUCUUCGGUGCUGCCCAUGGGGGCGGGCUCGACGUAUUUGAGGACGGUCAUGUCUUUCUUCUUGUCAAUCUGCAUCUUGGUGUACAUGUAGACGGCGAAGAUGAUGAUGUUGCUGACAAUGUAGAGUCCGCGCACGCCCAUGAGGACUUGAGGGUCUUCAAAGGGAAUUUUCUUCGACGCUUGCAUCAUCACGAGGAUGAUGACGAGGUUGGUGAUUUGCGGGUUCAUGGUGGCGGCGGUAUUGAGUUGUCGAGCGCGGCGUGCGAGGAGGUGGGUGGUGGUAGCGGAAGGGAGGUCAGGUGGUUCUCGCAAGAUGGAGAAAGAGUCGAGAGAGUGGGCAGUGGGAGUGUAUUAAAA